AUGUCUUCAAUCGUGGGAGCUGAGAUAACCAACUUAGAUGAUCUUCGUGAUCCCUCAGGCAUCUUUGCGCUCAUCGAGGUUGUUGGCAAGGGCACCUAUGGCAACGUUUACAAGGGUCGCCAUAUGCGAACUGGUCAAUUGGCUGCUAUCAAGGUCAUGCCGAUUACAGAGGAGGAUGAAGAGGAGAUUCUACUAGAAAUAAACACUCUUCGACGUCUUUCAAAUCAUCGGAAUAUCGCCACUUACUAUGGAGCGUUCAUUAAAAAGGCGACUCCCAAUGACCAUCUCUGGCUUGUCAUGGAGUACUGUGGAGCCGGAUCAGUCACGGACUUAGUCAAAAGUACCCGUGGUAUGUCUCUGAAGGAGGACUGGAUCGCCUACAUUUGUAGAGAAAUUCUUCGACUCAUGGUGGGUUCUUUUCACCGGGUUGAAGGGGAGCAUUGGCCAGCAAAUCCUGUUGUCUUUUCUUUGAUGGCCUGGACGAAUCAUCAUGAUGCGAGUUAG